CUCUAGUUGAUUUGGCUCAGGCAUCAACGUUGGUCUGUUGCCAGGUGGAUGGCUUUCACUGUGGACCGCACUCUCGUGACCAGCUGGCCCGCGCAGCAGCUACACCCCCUGCACUACCAGCAGCAGCAACGGCAGCAUCAGGGGCAAACCCAGCAUCAUCACGAUGAGUAUGGCGACAGUCCUCGCGGCAAUGUAUUCGGACGGCUCGACGAUGUUGCAGCGACGUGUGCAGCCAAGCAGUACGAGACCACGCCGUGUGCUCUGGCACCCUCGCCACAAGGAGGCCCCGAGGCCGCUGGCCAGGGCGCGCCCCCGCCACCCGGCGGGGCGCACGCCUGGGCCGCGGGCACGACGACGCUCAUGCUGCGGAACAUCCAGAACCGCUACACCGCCGAGCGACGUGGAAGACCUCGACGCAACUGCGGAGGGCGAGCGGGUCACGUUCGGCGAUGUCAGGAACUUCCUGGAGGAAGAGAUCGGCCCCAUCACCCGUUCAGUCGCGAAGCACUCCGCGGAUUUGACGGUGCUUCAGAUGAAGAUGCAUGAGGAAUUGGGGUUUAUUGGGCCUCACACCACUGGCAUGACAUCGAAACAUCAAGAUCAGCAGCGUGAAGAUGACACGUUUCAGGAGACGAUGAAGGCCAUACAGACCAACGCGACAAAACAGGCCCAGCAGCACGCCCACCAAAACAGCCUCCUGCAUGAGAGCCUCACGGCCGUCAUUGGCGAGAUCCCGGACACGGACGGCAUCGCGAAGGCCAUUGGGUGGGCCAACGCCCGCUGCCAAGCUGUGUGAAUCUCUCCUCCCGUGAAGGCCUUUUUUGCCAGGCGGAGCUUUCCACGGCGUCCUCUUCGUGAAAAGUUCCACGGUGAUGCAGAGGGGUCUCCAUCAGAACGGCUCUCCGGAAAGCUCCAGCGGGGUCGUCGGGAAAACCGCAGGUCAAAUUAGAUCCGCCGUUCAACAUCCGUACCGCCGAGUCCAUUUUCUUCGCGUUCACACGCAUGUUGGUGGAUUCUGGGCACGGCCGGAAGGAGGUGGAGGUGGGCACGACGUGUCGGACAUUGCGGAUGACAGGGGCGGACGUCGUGAAGGCAGAGGUGGUCGACCGCACUUCGACGGUACAAUGGUGCAGCGAAGGGCGGCCGCGUUUGGAUGAGUUGCAGUUGUCCACAGAGAUCGCCGUCCUCAAGACCACGGCGUACGAGAAGUUCGACUGGGUGAAGGGCAUGCUGGGUAAAGGCAAUACAGGGCAAAGGCCAUUAGGA